GAGGACUACAUAACAACUGUUCCAGCUUUCCCUAUACUAAAUAAAUGUUUCACGAUCUUUUGAACAAAAUAUAUAAGGGCUUGGUCAAUAAACAAAGAUUGACUGAUUACAAAGACAGGAAAUAAUACAAUUUUUAAUAUCGAGUUUGAUCCGCGAGUUUCGGGCGAAAUCAGCUGUCGCUCAUCCCUAAGUCGAUCGGAACAAAAGCUGCAGGGAAACACGCGGGAUGAUAAUAUCAGACAGAACAUGGGUCAGACAACCCUUGACAUGUCAGUAAAAUAUUUCCUUGUGUAUUUUAAACUUCACAAAAUCCUUCAAAGACAAACAUAAUGAAUAGUCUACUUUAGUCAAGCUUUCAGUAUAAACACGAUGUUUUUGCAAAAUAAUAAAAAGGACAAGCUUUCGAUACAGAUAAUUAAACAAUCUUCCAUUAUGUAUAAUAGUGAAAUAAUAAAAAAUACAAUUGGUUUAAAAACACAGUCACAAAAUGUCAUAAUUAAAGUGUAAUACUGUUUGAUAUAUCUAGACAGUUCGAUGCAGUUUUUCAAAAUUAUAGGUAACGAAUACCUGCACUAUUUCCGGUGAAAGAGCGAUUAUUGAAUACUUAAUAAAUGUCGUACACAUGUUGUACAUUAUUUUCUCUCUCGAUGUCAUCACCUCGCCUGUCGCUAAAAUAUGUGAAGAAAUGAGGAAAACAAUGAGUCUACUAAAACUACUACAAUCUUAUGAUGGUAUUAAUAUAGAUAGACUAGCUAAAGUCUAGUAUCCCUACGAGCACUGCAUAUCAGCGUGGCUAUAUUUAUUAAUCCACUAAUCCGCUUUACUAUAACAAUAUUUCCCAUCUUGUUCGAGUCCGGAUGUAGUAUUAUGUUAUUCUUUCGUUUGAUUCAAAUUUUACCACUAAAAGGAUGUUUACAUCAGAAAAUUAACUGCUAGAAAUAAUGAAAUAGUUGAGCUACUAAAACUAGGUUUAUUGCUCAUAAUAGACUAUGUUAUUCUUAGCGAUUUUUUUGCUUUAUUAUAAGAGUAUUGUUGAUUUUAUAUCCUGUAUGUGAUCUCGGAAAAUAAGGAAGAUAUUAGUUCUAACUUCCGGACACGAAACUGAGUGAAUGUGAGAGUGGUGAAAUGCACAUAGCAUUAUUUGACCGUGUUUUGGGGUUUGAACCUGACAGCUGGCAAUUAGCAUAAAGCCUAUUUUGAAUGGUCUCUCCAGUUUUUCCCACAGCUUGCAGGUUCGUGUGUUGACUGUUGACUAAGGGGUCACGCUUUAAACUUUGGAUGGAAAACUACAGUCGGCAGGACAAGGCCUCAUAGCUGGUUAAAGAGAACAGAAUUUCCUGGUGGAUGCACUUCAGACAGUAAGAUACUUAAUUACCAAGGCAACCACUUCCUUCGACUCUGUUUCACAGAAACAAUUACCAGUGUAGAGAAUGGAAAGAAACAACGCAGUUUGCUGGAUGAUACUUUUAUUAGUUUUUCAAGAUAAUAAGGCAAGCAGCAUUAUAAAGUGUGAACGUACAGACAACAAUCUGACUUACUACGAAAACAGUGUGCAUGCAGAAAAUACUUACGCCGAUUUCAGCCAUCCACUGACCUCUGGAGACUCUGAUUUUCGAAUUGAAAUAAAGUUGUGUGAAAAUGGCACUCUGGCUGCUCAAGGCGUGUGUAAGUGCCGAUGGAUCUCUGGUCAAGGUCCUGUUUGUAAAAACUUAACUAAUGAUUCCAUCUGCGGGGCCGACAACUCUACAAUGCGCUUCUCUCUGCUCAUUAAGAGCGAGUACAGUGAUGUCCUGUGGAUAUUCUUUAAACAAAACGCAACUGCAGUUGUUCUGAAACACACCACUUUACAUGUCACAUACCCUUCAAAAAUCACUGGAAUGUAUGUGAAUGGCGAGGAAAUAAAUGAUACACACCUUCUUGACGAGAACCGGGAGGUUAACGUCUCCUGUUUGUUUACCAGAGGAAGCCCUCCUCUCAACGUUUGUCUUGUAAGUGACACUGGACAGGAACAAUCCAUCUGCCGUGAAGAAGGUCCUCUAACUCUGUCCCUAGGUGUUUACAAAUGUGAUGACAUGUGGCCAACCGUCAGGUGUGAGGCGCCGGGCUCUGAACUGAACAGAUCUGUAGCUAUUCUUUUUAAAUGUCUUAGGAUUUUCUCUGACACAAUAAGUCAAGUUUUAGACCUGACAAAAUUUAUAGGUCUUACAUUUCGACUGAAAUCCUACACAAAUAACAGUAUUAAAUGCACCAUGGCGUUGGCGUCAUUGCAUCCUCAAAGUUUGGAAUUAUUCUGUGAACUAAGUGGAAAGGUCCCUGAUUUCAACUUGACUCUGGGCUUUGGUGAUAACAAAUCACGGAUUACAGAAGGUAACUGGACGUUGAAAGUCACAAAUGAGCAAGGAAAUGCAAGCAUAUCUUUUGUGCUUUGCAAUACCACAGCUGAAGACAAAUCGCAGGGAACAGGAUAUGUUUCCCCAGUCUCGCCAAACGCUCUUAUAAUCACUUGGUGUCUUCUAUGUGUGGGCAUCUUCAUUGUAUCUUUUUCAUCUGUUUCAGUUAUCUACAUAAUUAAACUGCGUAGACGUGGACGACGUCGUAGACUGCAUGUCACGGAAACUGAAGCAAAUACAAACAACGGAGCAGAGGAGGACGUGGAAUUUGAUGCCACUUACAACGACACCAGGUACCAUACCUUUGCUUGUUCUCUAGCUACAUUCCAGCACCGGAUGUCUACUUCGGCCAGUACCAAUGAUCGUCUCGUUUACCUGGAGCUAGACUUCACAGAAAAAGCAACAUCUGAUGUGGUUAUUGGUUCCAAAGCCGAGACACAGUAUGCCGACAUUAACUUUGCAGCGACCGUUACAUCAAGUACGGAACGGUGAUGGUGAUCAUCAAUGGCGACGAAAUUUGCUGUUUUCUAUCGAUACUGUGAUUGCUUCCCUUUGCCAAUAUUUAUUUUGAGCUGCUAUUUGUUUUCUGUAAAGUCAUGUUCUCGAUUUAUGACGGAGAUACUUUUUUUAAAACAGUGCUUCGUAAUUGUGUUGUUGAGUGUACACUGUUAUUUUUUUCCGGAGCCUCACUUAAGUUUAAUGUUUUGUGCUUUUAGCAAACACCUGGCUUGCUGUAUGGCAGUGGGUAAUAUGUAAGUAUAUGCAAUACAAGAGACUGUACAGUAAAUUUUUGUUGUUGCCUUGUAUGUAAAAUAAUGUCAUCUAUGUUUUAUCUAAAAAGCAAGAAUGUUUUGAUUAUAAAUUAACUGAUUUUGUUAUGGGAAGAUUGCCUCAUAUCAACUAUUAAAAAAAGUUUGCUUCCUUUUGUCUCACAAUUAUUUAAAAUUAAUUAUUAAGAUUAUUUCACAUGUCUUCUUGGUUUUUAUUAUUAGUAGUUUAUAACUGGUAUUCUCGCCUGUGUUUUGUAUACAGCGGUAAGUGUCCAAAAUAAAGAAAUGCAACUAAAAUAUAAUAUCCGGGACAGAUGCAGUAGGUAAAAAUUAUGGAAUCGUGUUAUUGCUUACUAUGAUUUUACUUAAAAGGGGACCAGCUCUUAGAAACUGUAAAUAAAUAAAGAUUUUAAAAGCCAUUUUAUUGUUAUUUGUAUUUGUUGUUUUUAUUUUAAAUGCAGAAGAACAUGCAUACAUAAUCCUAUUAAAGCCUAAAACUGAAAUUAUUUAAGUUUUGGCCACCUUUUUUAUAGAACACUGAUUCACUUGCCCUCUCUCUAUAUAUAUACACACACACUGGCAUCCGUUUUAUCUUUCAAAACAGCUAUUCAAAUAUCAGUAGGAGGAAGAAUGCGGCUUAGAUUGCAAUAAAUUUAAUACUAACAUUGUAAAGGUAGCAAAACAAACAAUAGGAGUUAAAUGCACUUUUAAAAAGCUGCCAAAUAUUGCAAAAUAUUUGUGCUCUUGCAUAAGUCUGCCUUUUCCGAAACAGCUACAAGGAGUAGUUAUUCACAAACUAACAUGACACUGACGAAUCAAGAACUUUUUUGUUAUCAUUUAGCUUACACAUUUAUUUCCCUUUUGUAAUUUCAUUUGAGUGAAUUUUUAUGUUGUGGUUUUAUAAGUAAAGUUUAUCUAACCUGUCAUUUUUCGUGAUGUUAUUUUCACAAUUAGAAGUCAGCAAAGAAAAUAAAGGUUGCAUUCUUUAGGGUUUGAUACAGUAAUUAUGGUGAAACUUCUCUUCGCAUAUUGAUGCAAAUAAAACGUUUUAAUUACAAAAUGUUAUCCGUGGUUGACAUAUUGUCGGUAUAACAAUAUUUUGUGUGUGUGUGGGUGAUAAAUAAAAACUCAACAGUAUUGUAAAGACAGAUAAUUGCAGAUACACAAUCCAAACUUUAUUUUUUUGCUGAUAAAUCAUAGUCUAUUGCUAUAGUUACGUCUCUUUAAAAUCCUCAUUGGGUCUGGGUCAUACUCCAUCAAGCCUAGGUCUCUAUAUUGUAAAGAACAUAGACACAAAAUUCUGUUCUCUUUUACUUGCUGCAAACAUCUACCAAAAUUCAGUGCACCGAUGUCAAAAGAAAAUAAUCAGUAAGUUUUAAAUAUAAGAAAUUAAAACAUAAAUACAUUUAAACUAAAUAAUUUAAAAAUCAAUGAUAAUUAAAAAUAUUUGUUUUAAUUUGCAAGUGCUAAAAUAGGUGCAAUGUCACGCACUUUUCGAUUUCUGAUGUUAAAUUCAGA